AUGUCUUCACACAACCAAGAAACCCGCCUUGAGAUUGAAAUCUCUUGGAGCCACCCCGCAACUAGUACCCAACAUGCAGAAACAGUCAACGCACUCCUAGACAGCGGAACAGAGGACUGGGUUAUGUCCUGGAACUGUGUCCACCGUCUCAAGAUCCCAACUCAACCUCGACCCAAGCCCCUCAUCAUCAGACAGGCUGACGGUACCCCUAUGCCUAACUCCGGCACUCACAUCACCCAAUCCCUUACCCUCCGCGUCGGCAACCAUCUAGACAGAGACAUCGUCUGUGAGGUUGCCUCAUUCGCAGGAGAAGACCUCGUCAUACCACAUCGAUGGCUCAAGGAUCAUCAACCAACCAUACAUUGGGGACAGAACAAGGUCACCUUCGACAACAUCAAUUGUCAAGUGAAGGGAUGCUUCAGGACCAUGUAUGAUAUAUACGAAGAGGACUCAGAAGAGCUGGUCAUCAGGCUGUUGAGGUCGUCACCCGAGACACAGAUGAUGAUCGAGCAACACCCCUUCUGGGCAAGGGCAUUGGUAGGCGAGACUCUCGCUAGUGCUAUACCGAUGGAGUACCAGGACUUAGUCGACGUCUUCUCUAAGGAGGGAGCUGAUCGACUACCUGAUCACUCUGAAUGGGAUCACACCAUUCCCCUUAUGGAAGGAAAGCAGCCUCCAUGGGGACCGAUCUAUGCGCUCUCCCCAGUAGAACAAAAGGCACUCCGGGAGUACUUGGACGAAAUGCUAGCCUCGGGCAAAAUAGUCCCCUCCACCAGCCCGGCAGCAGCACCGAUCCUGUUCGUGAAGAAAGCCAAUGGAAAACUGAGGCUAUGCGUAGACUUUCGUGGCUUAAAUGCUAUCACGGUCAAGAAUCGCUACCCCCUUCCACUCAUGACAGAGCUGGCCGAUUCGACGAAAGGAGCAGAGUUCUUCACCAAGAUAGACCUGAAAAAUGGCUAUAACUUGAUUAGAAUUGCCGCUGGCGAGGAAUGGAAAACAGCUUUCAGAACGAAGUACGGCCACUUCGAAUAUAGGGUAAUGCCUUUUGGCUUAACCAAUGCACCGGCGUCGUUCCAGGUCAUGGUCAAUACCAUAUUCAAGGAUCUUCUAGAUCAGGGCGUAGUAGUCUACUUGGAUGAUAUUUUAAUAUAUUCAAAGACUAAGGAAGAGCAUACGACUCUUGUGAGGAAGAUAUUGGAGCGACUGCAACAAAACCAUCUAUACGGGAACCUCGAGAAAACGGAAUGGUACAAACAGGAGGUAGAAUUCCUGGGAUUUGUACUAUCAGGGAAAGGGAACCAGGUCUCGCCUAAGAAGGUGAAGGCAAUCACGGAAUGGUUACCACCCACCAAGGUCAAGGAACUUCAAUGUUUCCUCGGAUUCGCCAACUUCCUACGACGGUUCAUCCACAGAUACUCCGAAGUUUGCCGACCAAUGACCGAUCUCUUGAAGAAAGGUUCCGUAUGGCGAUGGAGCAGUGAGCAGCAAGGCGCUUUCGACGAACUCAAGGAGAAAUUUACGUCUGCUCCAAUACUACGACACUAUGACGAACACCGUGAAGCGAUCAUAGAAACUGACGCGAGCGACUGGGCUGAAGCCGCAGUACUCUCUCAGGUGUUCGAGGACGGUAUCCUACACCCGGUAGCUUACCACUCUCGCAAGUUCAACGAGGCAGAGGUAAACUACGAGAUCUAUGACAAGGAGAUGCUCGCUAUAGUUUCUGCUCUCCUGACUUGGAGACAUUGGCUGGAAGGAACGGACAUUCCUAUCCAGAUACAUUCGGAUCAUCAGAACCUGCAGUACUUCACAACGACCAAGAAGUUGUCGAGAAGACAAGCCAGAUGGGCCGAAAAGAUAGCACCUUUUCGCUUCAGGAUUCAUUACCGACCAGGCGAAAAGAAUGGCAAGCCAGACGCACUCACAAGGCGCCCAGAGUUCGCUAUGGAAGGGGGAGUAAUGCGUGAACAACCCGUAAAACAGUUGCUCAGCGCAGAACAAUUUGUCAGAAAAUCACGGACCAGCGUAGAAACUGGCCCUGAAAUUAUUGGCAACCCCGAAGAAGAAUGGACUCCGUUGGAUCAGUGGUACGACAUACCAGGUACUGAGCUGCCUCAGCCUGUUAUAGGAAACACGAACACUGCUCCUAAGUCAAGGAACAGGGAUAAUAUGAGUGAUGGGUUGUGA